AUGGAUUUAUCGGUUUUCACUCAGCAAAGCCCUGCUCAUAAUGAUUUCCGUAGUGAUACAUUCACCACACCCACAGUAUCCAUGAUCAACUCAUUAGCCAAAACCACCCUCGGAGAUGCAGUUUAUAACGAGGAUUCUAAGACAAUUGAGUUGGAAAGGAAAGUUGCUGAAAUGACUGGAAAGCAAGCUGGAUUGUAUUGCGUUAGUGGAACCCUAUCUAAUCAAUUGGCCAUGAGGGUCAACUUGUUGCAACCUCCAUAUAGUGUGUUGUGUGAUUAUCGUGGUCAUGUAUACGUUCAUGAAGCUGGGGGGAUGUCUACUUUAACGCAGGCUAUGGCUCAACCAAUCAAGCCCAAAAACGGUAUUCAUUUAACCUUGGAGGAUGAUAUAUUGCCCAAUUUCAUUCCAGAUGAUGGAGAAAUUCAUGGUGCACCAACUAAAUUGAUUUGUCUUGAGAAUACAUUACAUGGAAUGGUUUUCCCCUUGGAUGAAAUUAAAAAAAUUUCUAAAUUUUGCAAAGAGAAUGAUGUCAAGUUACAUUUGGAUGGAGCUAGAUUAUGGAAUGCAAGUGUGGCAACAGGUAUUUCAUUGAAGGAGUAUAGUCAAUAUUUUGAUAGUGUUUCUUUGUGCUUAUCGAAGACAUUGGGUGCCCCAAUUGGGACUGUAUUGGUAGGAGAUAAGAAAUUCAUCUUGAAAGCCAACCAUUUCAAAAAACAGAAUGGUGGUGGUAUCAGACAAAGUGGUUUAUUAGCUAGUAUGGCGAUUGUGGCUAUUGAUGAAAACUUUUCGAAAUUGCAGAGAACUCACGAUAUGGCAAAAGAGUUAGCUCAGUUGUGCAAAGAGAAGGGCAUCAUUUUGGAGCAUCCAGUAGAUACUAAUUUUGUAUUUGUUGAUAUUGCUGCUAACAAGAUCAACCCUGAUAAGUUGAUUGAGAUCAGUGAUAAAUACGGAGUCAAAAUCUAUUCCGGAAGAGUUUCUUUCCAUUACCAAAUUUCUCAAGAUUCAUUUGAAAAUGCCAAAAAAGUGAUUGUGGAAGCAUUUGAAUAUGCUAAAGAACGUCCUUUUGAAGAAACUCAUGCUUUCAAAUUUUAUACUGCUGAGAAUAAAUAG